AUGGUGUCCCAGAUGAUUGAACUGGUGAUGCUCGCAGACAAACUGCGUGACUCAGGGGAUUUGUCUGCCGUCAUGCGGCGAGCACUGGAAAUCGCGCUUCCUUCCGAGCUGCAAGACAUGUGCCCUGUUUUAUUGCGUGGGGUGCGGAAGCUAAGCAAGAGUGAAGUCAGCAGGGCUCGCUUGACAUUGGAUGUCGGGUUCAUGCUACACAAGCGUGUUGAAAACUGGUUGAACCCAGACAAAGUAAGGUAUCUUAUGUGGGACUCGUCGCCUCAGUUCGGUAGAGAUUACCAGAUGGCUUUGGUGCAAGAAGUCAAGAAGGCUGAUCUGCCAGUUGCUUUGGGCAGUCUGUUACGGAUGGAAAGCUUGUUUGCCGGAGAUGCUCCGGACUUCGGUAACGAUGAAGAUGUUGCACAAACAAGAACAGACAUGGACAUUCUGCGAAAAACAUUCUGUCUUCAUGCAGUACCUGCAGUCUUAAUAGGCUUUGGUGCAGCAGGCUUUUCUCACAAGCUGUGGUCUUUGCUCCAUGCCAUUCGUCUUGAAACUUUCUCGGAGAGCGAGUUGUGCGACUGGGCCGGUAGCGUUUUGUCUGUGGCAUCGGAUUAUGGUGUGGAGCGGCUCCUUGUAGAUCUUGAGUCUGUCCAUGCUCAAGAUGUUGUGGGUUGGUUUCAGGACACAUCGGAUGCAGAUAAGAAGUUGCUAGCAGCUGGCCCAGCAGGUGAUGCAGUUCCUGCAAGGCAAGGCAAUCGAAAUCAGCAUGUCGAUGCUAACCCAGUCUUUGAGGAUCCAGCUGUUGCAGGUGCAAAUGUUGUCAUGAAUCAUGAACCGGAUGAUGCCUUCGAAGAGCCUCCUCCUCCCGUAACAAUCAAGUUCCCUCGUGUUCUGGGUAUUCCUGGUCUGCACCAUGUGAUCGACAAUGAAAUCUAUCUUCGAGGUGAGGAGGAUGCUGGAUCCGGUAUGGUGGGCUUGGCUGGCGAUGCUAGAGGUGGUUUGUGCACUGAUUCGGCGGCACAUCGCAUGGGCUGCAAACGUGCUGCCGAGGUUUCCAGCGGUGAUUUUACGGAUAUCAUGAAGGAUCUGUGGGCUGUCAGUGCUGCUGAAGUGAUUCGCGUUUUAGGUCGUCAGAUAAAUCAGCAAGAAAGAACUUUCAUCAUGCAGGAAUUCGAUCGUGCGCGGACUCAUCUCGCUUUCUACUUCACCUUAAAGCUGAGCCACCUACAAGAGAUGCCGUGGAAGAUCUUGCAGCUAGCACAUCCUAAUGAGACCGUGGCCCAGAUCGCUGCGAAUGCAGUCUUGCAAUCAAGAUGUCAGCAUCCUCUCGCUGUUGAGCUGUGUAGGGAGCUUCGAGAUUCAUGUGAAAGCUGGGUGCAAGGGCAAUCUUUGAUGAGUGACGACAAACAAGAUCUGCAGCAGUUCGUCGGUGCCCUGGCUUUGGUGCCGACAUCAGAACGGCCCAUUGAAGGUGGCGGAGUCGGACAGCUCGUGCCACAAGGGCCUGGGCCCAGCAUCAGGGACAGUUGCCUUCGGCAUUCCAGCUCGCUUCCUUUGUUGAAGAAAUAUAUGCUGCAGUAUUUGCGAAACCGGAUGCAGCCCGACAGCAAGGACUUCUUUUCUGUCCCAUGCCGUCCUGGUGUUCUGCGAACAUUGCAGGAUUGCUUGAGGCCCCAUGAAAGUGCUGACUGUCACAUCAGCUUUGAAGGGUUUCGUGUGGAUUUGGAGCCGACCUCAGCUGCAAUUGAAUCGGAAGGUGUUGCCGAUGCUGCAAGUUUCGGUGAAGCAGUGAGAGAAGUCCUGUUCUUUCAUGUCGUGCGUGGCUCUCCGAAUAGCCUUGUGCGUGUGACUGUGGAUGGUGAGUCGGGUUUCGAUGCUGCUGAUAUCAUCAUCGCUCCCCACCGGACCUUGCAUGUCAAGGGGCACAGCAGAGAGGUGAUCGUAGAUUCCGUAGCUUUGGAGUGGUUGAACCACUCAGAGAAGCAGCUCUUUGUUCUCAGCCUCGCCAGUUUUUCUUGCGAAGAACUGGCAUCCAUCUGCAAGUGGAAACCUGCUGAGAAGCUUGGCUACGGUCUCUGGGGGGUUGCAGAAGCAACACAGCUCAAGAUUCCAGCUGCUGCUUCGCACGUCUUUGCACAAGUACUCGAAGAGCUUCUGCCUUCAAGUCCGGGCGAUGGGCUGAAAGUCGAUGCUCGAGAUCCUGGCGUGCAUGCGUGGCGGGCGUGCUUGUCUGCCAUGACAGAUAUUGGUCUGGUGCAAAAGUUGUCGGAGGAUCAGCGAUUUUCCAUGUGGUGCUUGACAAAGCAGGGAGUUGCAAGCGUGAAAGUCGGCUCUUUGCUUGAGCAGCCCUCCUAUGCUAUGGCAAUCCGGGAUGGCGUGGAUUUAGCUGAUCGCACAGUUUGGGAGCUGUUGCUCCUCCUGGACCAGGAUGGAUGGAAACAUGCGGUUCAGGACAAACGUGGUCAGGAGUCUUAUCGUCCUGGAUCUGACAAGGUCUGGUUCAGCAGGCCGGGCGACGACAGCAUAUCCUUCUGGUAUCUUCUGUGUCUGGCUCAGGGAAACUCCGAAGUGCCGCAUUUUCAAACCAGUGGCUUUUAUCAAGCCCUGGCCGAUGGCAAAGCCCCGCCCGUUCGGCGGCCACGGAAAGCUUUGCAGGCGAUCCGGAAUGUUGCCGAUGAUGACUGGGACAUCCCUCUCAUGGUGGCGGAUGCCGUGCCGGCAAAGCGUGCAAGAAAAAAACGGGCUCCAGUGCAACGUGCCGUUCAAGAUGCUCUGGAGGCGAACAUGGAUCAUGCCCCGAUUGGUUUGCAAGAGGAUGAAGAAGGGCCAGAGGGCCAUAGUGACGGAGAUGAUAUCGACCAAGAACUUCUGGAUGCUCUUGCUGAAAUGGAUGGUGCGGGGCCUGAUGCUUCGAACAGCAGUGCAUCUAGCAGCAGCAGCAGCAAAUCUUCUGCGUCUUCGUCUGGCGGGUCUUCCUCCAGCAGCUCUGGCGACUCUAGUAGUUCCUCUGGGGAAUCGGAGGAUGCUGAUGCUGAUGCUCCAGCUCCUGCUGAUGCUCGCGCUGUGAACCCCAAGGCCUCUUUCUACUAUGGGCUUGGACAUGCAGUGCGAGUUUACAAGAAAGGCGUUCCCAUCGGGUGGGAAAUGGCAUGUGCACACCCACUUCACACAUCAAAGAAAUGCAGGAAGAACCUCAAAGAAAUUACCAGGACAAGAAGUUCUGAAGAGACCCUUCAGUGUCUCAAGAUAUGGAUCAUCCGCGGCAGGCAUGUCGCAUCGGCUGAAGAGCAUAUGUCAGAAACUUGGUCGGAAGUUCAGCGUGAUUUUGCAUUGGGGCAGCUUGAAGCUGCACCGGACGAUCCACCCAUGCACUACACAGCUGCCGAUGGUCGGGUUCAUCAGUUCACCCGCCGAACGAGGUGA